CCCAUACAUCACACUAAUCAUUUCUUCAAAAUGGCGGCCGUCACAGAUCGGCUUGAGAAUGUAAACCCGACCGUUUUUCAACGGCUGAAGGAACGAGUCGUAUUGGCUGAGGAAGAAGACGAUAAUAUAGUGGAUAAAAUAGAUGAUCGAGAGAUAUUUGAUAUGAUCCGCUCAAUCAAUGACCCUGAGCACCCUCUGACACUUGAGGAACUGAACGUGGUGGAACAGGCCUUGAUUGACGUGAGUGAUGACGAGAGCUAUGUCAAGGUCCAGUUUACACCUACUAUUCCGCAUUGUAGCAUGGCGACGUUAAUUGGACUUGCUAUACGGGUGAGGCUUCUGAGGUCUCUUCCAGACAGAUUUAAGGUUGACGUGAAGAUAACUCCUGGAACCCAUCAGUCAGAGAUAGCAGUAAACAAACAACUUGCGGACAAAGAGAGAGUGGCUGCCGCCCUUGAGAAUAACCAUUUACUGGACGUCAUUGACCAAUGUCUGGUCAGCAAGAAGUGAUUCGGUGUCAAAAGCAAAGAAGUACUGUAGCUACAUUGCCUCUCAGACAAUUGACAAUACAUCAAAAUUUGUGAUAGAUGCAAUGAAUACUACAUUAGACAAGACCAACAAAUGAAAGAAUCGGUCCGAUGAAUACUGCAUUAGACAAGACCAACAAAAGUGUGGAUUUAUGUAUACUGAGAAUGAGGAAAUGCCUGUAUAUCCGUUGCCAAGGAGAAUUCAAUAGCCCUCAUGAAGAAUGCAUUUCAAUUCAAGAGAGUAAGGGGGAAGUUGAUACUUUAGGAUUUAUUGUCAGGAAAAAAAAAGUGUCCAGAUUACUAAGGAUAGGGUUAGUGCGCUCUGAAUAAAGAUACUUUUGUUGGA